AUGUCAUACGGGACCCGCAACACGUCUGGCGCGGCCAAUUACCACGCCAGCAACGACCUUGUCGACCUCGUCGACCUGGACAGCAUGGACGACCCGUUCAGCGACCCGGCGCCACGGCCCGCCAACUCUGCCGCCGCGUUUGCCAACGUGGCGAAUGACUACGACGCGGCCGGGCCCUUGCACGACAACCCGUUCGACUCGGACGUUCUGAGCGACUACGAGAGCGACAAUUACGGCCCGGCAAACUCCAGUGGCGGCCUGCGCUCUGUGGUUGGUCAGAUACGGAACAAAAUGGGAAGAACCGCGUACGACAACGUGGACGACUCGCACGAGCCGUCGCGCAGCACGCCAGCCCCAGAAAUAGCCACCGACACCGCCAACGUGUUUGACAUCCGCAGGUACUUCCGCAAGCACAACAGUACCGACGACACGAGCCCGCGGACGAUCUACAUCAACGAUCCGCAGACAAACGCACGGCUUGGCUACUACGACAACCACAUCAGCACGACCAAGUACAACUUCGUCACGUUUGUGCCUAAGUUCCUGUUUGAGCAGUUCUCCAAGUACGCAAACCUGUUUUUCCUGUUCACGUCGGUGAUCCAGCAGGUUCCGUCGGUGUCUCCGACCAACAGAUACACCACGAUCGGUACGCUGAUGGUGGUGCUGCUAGUUUCCGCCGUUAAGGAGAUUACGGAGGACAUAAAGCGGAAUUCGUCCGACAACGAGCUGAACCGGUCCAAAAUAGAGGUGUUGGACAUCAAGACCGGCCAGUACGUGAUGAAAAAAUGGAUCAACGUCAGGGUCGGCGACAUUGUCAAGGUGAACAGCGAGGAGCCGUUUCCGGCGGACCUGAUUUUGCUGAGCUCGUCCGAGCCGGAAGGGCUGUGCUACAUCGAGACGGCGAACCUGGACGGCGAAACCAACCUGAAAAUCAAACAGUCUCGCGAGGAGACUGCCGGGCUGAUGUCGCCGCAGCAGCUGGUCCAGUGCCAGGGAAAAAUCCUCAGCGAGCGGCCCAACAGCAGUCUGUACACGUACGAGGGUACGUUGUAUCUGAACGGGCGCGAGAUCCCGCUGAGCCCAGACCAGCUGCUUCUGCGCGGUGCCAAUCUGCGUAACACGGUCUGGAUCCAGGGAAUUGUGGUUUUCACGGGCCACGAGACAAAGCUGAUGCGCAACGCGACCGCGGCGCCGAUCAAAAAGACCGACGUCGAGCGCAUCAUCAAUUUGCAGGUGAUAGCACUGUUUGGCAUUCUGCUGGUGUUGGCGGUGGUUUCGUCGCUCGGCGACAUUCUCAACAUUGCUUUCAUGAAAAAUCAUCUGGGUUACCUCUAUUUGGAAGGAACGAGCAAAGUGAAGCUGUUUUUCGCCGACAUUUUGACGUACUGGGUGCUCUUCUCGAACCUCGUCCCGAUCUCGCUGUUUGUCACCGUCGAGAUCAUCAAAUAUUACCAGGCGUAUCUCAUAGCUUCGGACCUCGACAUGUACUACGAGCCGACGGACUCGCCGACGGUGGUUCGCACGUCGUCGCUUGUCGAAGAGCUUGGCCAGAUCGAGUAUAUUUUCAGUGACAAAACGGGCACGUUGACCAGAAAUAUCAUGGAGUUCAAGACGUGUUCCAUCGGCGGCCGGUGCUACAUUGGCCAAAUCCCGGAGGACGGCCAAGCGAGCGUCCAGGGCGGCAUUGAGAUCGGCUAUCACACGUUUGAACAGCUGCAGAUCGACCGCAAGCAGCACAGAAACAGAAAAGUGAUUGACGAGUUUCUCACUCUGCUGGCUGCGUGCCACACGGUGAUUCCGGAAAUCAAAGGCGACAGCAUCAAGUACCAGGCCGCGUCGCCCGACGAGGGAGCUUUGGUCGAAGGUGCGGCGAUGCUGGGCUAUAAAUUCACCGUGCGCAAGCCGUCGAGCAUUAGCAUGGAGGUGGACGGCCAGGAGCUCACGUACGAGCUGCUCAACAUCUGCGAGUUCAACUCGUCAAGAAAAAGAAUGAGCGCCAUUUUCAGGUGUCCGGACGGCAAGAUCAGGCUGUAUGUGAAGGGCGCGGACACGGUGAUUUUUGCGCGACUGGCGGAAAACAACGAGUUUGUCGAGGCCACCACAAAGCAUCUAGAGGAAUUUGCUGUCGAAGGUCUGCGGACACUCUGUAUUGCCGCAAGAGUGGUUCCGGAACAUGAGUACCAGGAAUGGAGCCAGAUCUACAACAAGGCGUCGACGAGUCUGGAGAACCGGUCUGAGAAGCUGGACAGUGCUGCGGAACUGAUAGAAAAAGAUCUAUUUUUACUGGGUGCUACGGCCAUCGAGGACAAGCUGCAGGACGGCGUUCCGGAGACGAUCCAGGUUUUACAGGAGGCCGGCAUCAAGGUGUGGGUGUUGACGGGCGACCGUCAAGAGACGGCGAUCAACAUUGGAAUGAGCUGCAAAUUGCUGAGCGAGGACAUGAACCUGCUCAUUGUGAACGAGGAGAGCAAACGGGACACGAAACAGAAUUUGCUCGACAAAGUGGAGAUCCUGCGCAGCAACCAGCUGUCGCAGGACGACAUCAACACGCUGGCGCUGGUGAUAGACGGCAAGUCGUUGGGCUUUGCUCUGGAGGCCGAUCUUGAGGACCUGCUACUGGAAAUCGCUGUUCUGUGCAAGGCGGUGAUCUGCUGCCGCGUGUCGCCUUUGCAGAAAGCGCUCGUGGUGCGGCUCGUGAAGCGCAAGAAGCGUGCGUUGCUGCUGGCGGUCGGAGACGGUGCCAACGACGUGUCGAUGAUUCAGGCCGCCCACGUCGGCGUCGGCAUUAGCGGCAUGGAAGGCAUGCAGGCCGCACGCAGCGCAGACUUUGCGAUCGGCCAGUUCAAGUACCUCAAGAAGCUGCUACUAGUGCACGGCUCGUGGUCGUACCAACGACUGUCGCUGGCGAUUCUUUACUCAUUCUACAAGAACAUUGUGUUCUACAUGACACAGUUCUGGUAUGUCUUCAGCAACGGGUUCAGCGGCCAGUCGAUGGUGGAGUCGUGGACCCUCACGCUGUACAACGUGAUAUUCCUCGUGCUUCCGCCGCUCGUGAUCGGCAUCUUCGACCAGUACAUCACAGCCAACAUGUUGAACCAGUAUCCACAGCUAUACAAGAUCGGCCAGGCGGGCCAUUUCUUCAACGUGGAAAUUUUCUGGUCGUGGGCCGUUAACGGCUUCUACCACAGUGCCAUCAUUUACAUCGCGCUCAUCAAUAUUUUCAAGUACGGCAACCAGCUCGCCGACGGCACCACGAUGGACCACUGGGGAUUCGGCAUUGCCAUCUACACGACCUGUCUGGUGACUGCUCUGGGCAAGGCCGCUCUUAUUUCGUCCCAAUGGACCAAAUUCACGCUGGUGGCCAUUCCCGGCUCGCUCGCGCUACUGUUUGUGGUCCUGCCCGUCUACGCCAGCGUCGCGCCCCACGUCGGCGUCUCCAAGGAGUACUGGGGCGUAGUUCCGAAAAUAUUCGGCUCGCUCGUUUAUUGGAUGACUAUUUUAAUUGUGCCCGUGCUUUGUCUGCUCCGCGACCUGUUGUGGAAGUACUACAAACGCACCUGGAACCCGGAAUUCUACCACAAGGUGCAAAAAAUCCAGAAAUACCAAAUCCAGGAUCACAAGCCGCGGUUCUCCUCGUUCCAGAAAACCAUCCGCAAGGUCAGACAGGUGCACCGCAUGCGCAAGCAGCGCGGGUUUGCGUUUUCGCAGGACGAGGGCCAGGAGAACAUCAUCCGCAAGUACGACACCACCAAACGUCGCGGCACGUACGGCGAGCUCGACUAG